UUUAUAUCCCUCGGAGAAUUCGCUGACGAGAAACAAGAAAAUGGCACAAAUUACACGGAGCUUGAUAUUGGCUCCCUUGCCGUGUCUGAAAAUAAGGUUGGACCAGGCGACUUCGAGCUGAUUUCCGUCAUUGGCCAAGGGUCCUUUGGAAAGGUUUUUCUUGUCAGGAAGAUUAACGGGCGCGAUGCCCAGAAAAUAUAUGCAAUGAAAGUGCUGAAAAAGGCAGUUUUAAAGUUAAAAGAUAAAAUGCGCUCUAAAAUGGAACGUGACAUUCUGGUGAAAAUCAAGCACCCGUUUAUCGUCAAUUUGCAUUAUGGUUUGCUUCCUUUCCUCAAAGCAUUCCAGACUGAAGGCAAAAUAUACCUUAUACUUGAAUUUGUUCGUGGAGGCGAUUUGUUCACCAGACUUUCAAAAGAGGUGGGUUGA